AUGGCGGCGGCGGCGGGCGCUGGGGGCCCGGGGGCGGCAGGCGGUGGUGGGGCGCGCGAGGGCGCGCGGGUGGCCGCCCUGUGCCUGCUGUGGUACGCGCUGAGCGCGGGCGGCAACGUGGUGAACAAGGUGAUUCUGAGCGCCUUCCCGUUCCCCGUGACCGUGUCCCUGUGCCACAUCCUGGCGCUCUGCGCGGGGCUGCCGCCGCUCCUGCGCGCCUGGCGCGUGCCUCCCGCGCCGCCGGUGUCGGGCACCGGGCCCGGCCCGCACCAGUCGCCCGGCCCGCUACUGCCGCCGCGCUUCUACCCUCGCUAUGUGCUUCCGCUCGCCUUCGGCAAGUACUUCGCGUCCGUGUCUGCGCACGUCAGCAUCUGGAAGGUCCCCGUGUCCUACGCUCACACCGUCAAGGCCACCAUGCCCAUCUGGGUGGUCCUCCUGUCCCGGAUCAUCAUGAAGGAGAAACAGAGUACCAAGGUAUAUUUGUCACUUAUCCCCAUCAUCAGUGGUGUCCUACUGGCCACUGUUACCGAGUUAUCCUUCGACAUGUGGGGGCUUGUCAGUGCCCUUGCUGCCACACUGUGCUUCUCCCUGCAGAAUAUUUUCUCUAAAAAGGUACUGAGAGACUCUCGGAUCCACCAUCUCCGACUGCUGAACAUCUUGGGCUGCCAUGCUGUCUUUUUUAUGAUCCCCACAUGGGUCCUGGUAGACCUCUCGGCCUUCUUGGUCAGCAGUGACCUGACAUAUGUGUCCCAGUGGCCCUGGACACUUAUGCUCCUGGCUAUCAGUGGCUUCUGCAACUUUGCCCAGAAUGUCAUCGCCUUCAGCAUCCUCAACCUCAUCAGCCCUCUGAGCUACUCUGUUGCCAACGCCACCAAGAGAAUCAUGGUCAUCACCGUGUCCCUGAUUAUGCUGCGAAACCCAGUCACCAGCACCAAUGUCCUGGGCAUGAUGACAGCCAUCCUGGGGGUCUUCUUGUACAACAAGACCAAGUACGAUGCAAAUCAGCAAGCCCGGAAGCACCUCCUCCCUGUCACAACGGAGGACCUCAGCAGUAAAGAGCACCAGAAGCCUCACAACGGCAUCCUCUUCCCCCAGCAUGGGGACUAUCAAUAUGGCCGCAACAACAUCCUAACAGAUCACUUCCAGUAUGGUCGACAGAGCUACCCAAAUUCCUACAGUUUGAACCGUUAUGAUGUGUAGUCUAGAGGGCAGGGUGGGACCUUUGUGCUACUCCUUCCCCCACCCCCCAGCAGCACCAGAAACUUCUGACAACCAGUGAAUGUACAACCCAGUCACGGGGCCAUGGGGAUGGUACACAACCAUCAGAAGACCCUCAGGCAGCAGACCCAAGUCCCUGUGAAGAGGACGGUCGAGAGGAGCGCUGGCAUUUAUUGCCCUUUCCCUGGAGUCUCAUCUGAGGGCUGUGUCACCGUGGAGGUCUUGGCCAGGUUUGACCUUUCUCCGUGGACUUGCUCCCAGGUCCUGUAUUUCAUAGCCCUUGUUCUGUCCAGAUGAUGUCAAGACCUGCUCUGGAGAGGCUGUAGAAACAGAUCCCACAGUAAAGAAAAGAAUGGCUUCCCAGGGACUGAGAAAAGAGGGGUGCACAAGUAACAGACCAGCAUUUAGAUUGAUAUGCAGCCAAAGAGGAGCAUGACAAUUAUGAAAAACAUCUCCAGCCACGGAGCUGGACAGCUUCCCUGUCAUCUCCAUAGCUGUUUGCAGUUCCAAAGGUUCCAGAAAGAAAACUGAUCAGUUAGUAUUGAGUUCUUGGAGCCUGGGUCUUUGAAUUGCAGGUCUGGUUUGUAUCUGGCCUGAGCAGGGCAUAUCUCUGGGUAGGAAAAGAGUGGAGCAGGAGAUUAUGGUCAUUGGUCAGUGUUUCAUGCUCUAUUUCCCUAAUACCCAUUUUGUCUUUUCUGGUUGAGUCUUCACCACUUCUGGGAUGACUUAAUCGGGUGGUUGGUGGAAUGCUGUUCACUUUAUGAGGCUCUGGCAUUUUUUAAGGGAGUGUUUUAUAGUUAAGUGUAUGUGUUUAUGCCUUGGUUCCCAUUGGGGGACGCAUGAGGACUGGCUUAUGGAUCAAAAGUCCUUUUGAUUCGAAAAGUACUGUCUCAAAAUAAGCAAAAUCCCUACUGGUGAUGCCUAACCAUUUUGGCAUUUAGUAGGAAGCAGCAGAAGUGUUUCAACCACAAUCACUGAAAGUGAAACAAAUCAAGAAUAUCAUCCGAGUAGUCUGUGUGACAGACAAGCAAGUGUUUUCACAUUAUGAUCUAAAUCAUGUCCUGGUGAAGGCUGAACGCCAAGCUAGCGUUUGGUUUGCCAAUUCAUAUUCUUUGGUCAAGAAUAAGUUUGGGUUUUGGCAGAAUCACAUCAGGAAGAUUAUGUGAUCCCAGCAGAAAUCCCCAUGUGCCAAGGUCCAGGUCCAGGUCCCCAUCUUUUCUGGCACCACAAAAGGACUGCCCUCUAUGAGGGGGCCACUAGCUUGGCUGGUGAAUUCCUUGGUGAGAGCUGCCUUCUUCCUUCAGCACCACCCCAAUCUCUUGGACAGGUUUUUGGGGUAAGCAACAUAUGGGACAGCAGGUUACCCUUGUACCUCCCGGUGAAUGAGAAAACUCCCCUAUACAGAGGAGUGCUAGACACCUGGUUGGUUGGUUGGUUGGUUUUCGUGAUUGGGAUUUUAUAUUUGAGAGAUUACAUUUUCUCAGCUUGAGAGUCGGCUAUUCCUAAGAGACUUAGGGGUCCCUUCUGGCCUGUGAGUUUGCAUACCUCUGGCCUCAGGGGUCCCUGUUGAUUGUUGCUUGCUCAUUUUAUCUUUAGUUGGGUCCCAAAAUUUGAGACCAUGUAAGAUAGGAGGCAGCAAUCCUGAAGGUGUAGUGUGUGUGCUAGUGCUUUCCCCAGAGGGGCUGGAGUCUAAAUCUUCUCACUGGUGAACAACAGAUGGGGAUAAUUUUGCACUGCAAACAUACAACAGUCUUUUUAUUUGUAAUAACUGAUUUCUUGAACAUAUACUCAAACUCCAAAAUGAAUUAUGCCUCUCUUCAGGUUUAAUGACAUUUCUGAUGUUGAUGAAAUUUGUAUAUUGCCUUUUCUAAUGCAGGAUCUGCUGGUGAAGGGAAAUAGCUGACUGGUUUUAUUAUGGUUUAUAAAGGGUAUUUAAUUUUGUACAUAAAUUUGCAGUAAGUACAUACACUGGAAUGAAUGACAAUCUUAUUCAACUAAAUAAUCAGAUCAAGACAAUACACUUCUGAGACUUGAAAAUUCAGAAUUGACAUUAAUCUCUUGAAGGCCAUUUUCCUGUCACUACUGCCCCAGCCUCUGCCCUCUCCUAUGUUCAUGCCUGCAGCUGUCCCGUCCUACCUGAGGUUUGUGGCAAUGGAUUCAGUUCACCCAUCCAUAAUACAGUCUGGCCUGCAACACUAACCCUAGCCCAACUCCUUCAUUUUACAGAAGAGGAAAUUGAGGCUCAGAGGGCAUUUCUAUAUAGUGCUUGUUCACUAUUUUGAGAAUUAAGCACCUUAAAAAACUUACUCAUUAUAGGGAAAACCAAAUUCCCAUCACAAAGGAGAGAAGCCUAUCGAUAUAUUCAAGUGGAGCACCUGGAGUUUCUGACAUCAUGCAACAGGCCCUUCAUUAUCUCUGGGAUAUGACCAGAUCCAGAUUGCUCAAGUUCAAACAGCCUUAAGGGCAUAGAACAUUGAACCGUUAAAAGAUCUGCAAAUUGUGAAUUCUCUUUUCUAAGUGUCAUCUGUUUUCAAGACUUAAAUGCUAUAGACUGUUCUGUGGGAAUGAUACUGUGUAUGUUCAUUGAUGGCAUUUACCAAAAAUAAAAGAUGGUCUCCAGGGAAUUGAGACUGGUCCCAAUUUGUCACUGAGGGUUUCUUUAUAAGUGUGCUUAGCAACUGAACUUCUAAGUAGUAGAAAGAAUAAACCAACUUGGUUCUCAAAUUCAGAUAUAUUACCUUUAUUUCUGAGCCAAAACUUAAAGACAUGUGAUUUGUGGAUUUAGGACAUUGUAGAAUAAAAGAAUUACAACUGAAGAGUUAAUGAUAUGCCUUUACUGAACAGACUAACAUGGAAAAUCCAAGAAUACUGUGUAUUUCUGAGGAAUAAUAGCUAAUAUUGAGUACCCACUAUAUGCCCAACACAGUGGUGGCUUUUCAUAUACAAUCCUUACAAUCAGUACCUUUGCACUGUUUUUAUUAAUCUUACUUUACUAAUGAAAAUGAAGCCCAAAGGAGUUAUGUCACUUGUUUGAGGUUAUAGAGCUACUUCAGUUAACCUCCAAAGCCUGUAUUACUCCUAACAGAAUUUCCCUUCAAAUGCAGUAGAAGGAUAUUAGUUUCUGCUAAAACAAUUGCCUGCAUCUUUUAAUUCUCCCGUUAAGUGAUUUACUGAGCAUGUAAUGUCUAGUCAGACUCCAGCCUUCAGCACUGUGUGCGCGUAGAAGUGGUAGCAGCAGACAGGUGCUAUUGGCAGUAAGUGAAAAAAUGCUUAGAGCAUCUGAGGGGCACGAAGGAACAUUUGAACUUGCAUUACAUUCACAGGGUCUUUGCACAGUCUGUGUGCCUUGUUAAUCAUCAGAGCUUAAGGGAGGCAUCAGCACCAAAUGAGAGGGAAGUGGAAAAAGAAGUCAAGGUUUCCCCUUGGUGCAAGACUGGGGCCUGGGAGUGUCUGAGCAGCCAUCAUAAAAUAAGCUGUUUUGGUUUACCUCACCUUUGUCAUAUACUCCUAAGAGGAGUCACUGCCAUCAAGGGGUAUAUCCUCCCCUUCAUUUCCCCGGCAUACUAUGGUAGGAGCCCCCUGUCAAUAUAACUCAGAUGGUUUUGUGGCCAGUCAGUUGAAUUUUGGCCUCACAGGCUCUGCAUCAGGGGUAGAAACAGGGCUUUCCACCUGGCUGGGUUUAGGAUGGCCCCAUUGUUCAGACAUCCAUUUGUUUCCCCAGGGCAACUCCUUUGUUUGUUUGGUGACACAUGAUCAGGCCCAAAAAAUGCUCCUUACUCCCAGACUAUGUUGUAGCACCUUUCCUUCUGCAGUGGCUACAGCUAGUUGAACCACAGUAGGUCCAGUUAUUGCAGGAGACGAGGAGACAAUACCACUAGGCUUUAGCUUUACUGAGACCACUGGUCUGGAUGACUCUACAUUUCUUCAGUCACCCACUACUUUUUAAAAUAACUUUUACUGUCUGUAUUUUUAAGUUUG